AGACGAGGAGGUGUGGGUCGAGAGGACUUUUGAGGGCCUGAAUAGCAGCCUGAUCUGGAUCUAUGUCAUCAAAGGAAUUCAAACAGUGAGAGCGAAUGCUUCAAAUGAAUGUGAUUGGACACAGAAGACAAUAAGUAUUAUGGUUGUGCGACCUCUCUUCCCUGACCUCUGUGUCACUAUUCCCAACAAGAAUGACAGUGCUGUGUUCGUUUCUGGAGCAAGCCCUACCUAUCCAACGAAUACUAAUGUGACGUUCCUGGUUGUGACUGACAUUCAUGAUCCACUUGAAUUCCUGUGGAAUUUUGGAGACUCCACAACCGCCAAAACAAGCAGCAGGAAAAUCACCAAAAGAUACUCCACUCCUGGAGAGUAUAAUAUAACAGUGGUGAUGUCUGAUGGUCACAUCGCCUUCACCUCUGUUAUGUAUUCCAUACUCGUACAAAGCGAAGUGAAGCUCAACAAGCUGUUCCACCGGGCCUACGUUCUGCGGAACCAGGAGUUCACAGUGAGUUGCAGAGUCAAUUCCGGGAGCGACGUCACCUACAUAUGGAGCUUCGGCGACGGGACGACAAGGGUGGGACAAAGUACUGAACAGCACACGUUCCUCAGGACCGGAGAGUUCCAAAUAGAAGUGACUGCGUCCAAUAAGGUCAGUUCUGCCUACAUGAGCAGCAUUAUCUUCGUCUUGGACCGCCCGUGUCAGCCUCCGCCUGUGAAGAACAUGGGCCCUCUGAAGAUACAGGUGCGACGACAUGACGUCAUACAUCUGGGGGUGUCUUACGAGGGUGACGUCGAAUGUGACGUUUUGAGGGGCCUACGUUACACAUGGUCGUUGUUUAACUCCGCUGGGCACAUUUUGCCUGUUCCUGAUGCCCACAAGCAGAGUCUUGUGCUGCCAGGUCAUCUGUUGCACUACGACACCUACAUUGCUACGGCAAAGGUCAAGGUAGUCGGUAGUGUGGUGUACAGUAACUACAGUGUGAGAGUUCAAGUGAUACCCAGCCCUCCUGUGGCCUCCAUCCAGGGCGGUACUAACUUUUUCAUUAACAACAAGAAUGGCACAAUGGUAAUGCUGGAUGGACAACAUUCCUAUAAUCCUGAUUUCCCUACAGAUCCCGUCAGAUUCGAAUGGCUGUGUGAACCAGUUAGCUCCAUCAAAAGUUCCUGCUUUAACCAUCAUGUUGCUACGAAUGCUUCCGUGCUCACCUUUCCCAUGAGCUUCUUGAAACACAACUUUGACCAGUUUCAUUUCACACUCACCGUCCACAGUGGAGAGCUGUCAGGUUCCACUGAGGCUUUUGUCACGUUAACGCCAAACGUGGUUGGGAGGAUCACUAUAUCCUGUCUCGAGUGUGAAGGAGACCAAGUAAACUGGGAUCAGUCCAUCUCAGUCAAAGCCACUUGUGAGGAUUGUGAGGUUCCUUCAAACGGAAUCCAGUACACAUGGACUUUACACUUGGUUAAUGCUUCCUCUAAACCUGUAUUAGAAGUCCCUUUUUGUAUUGCCGUUGACCUCAGUACCCCAUCCACCAUCAGAGGAGAGAAGCACUCUUAUCAUUCCCAAGAGGAAUUUAAUCUUCUGGAUUCUCUGUACUCGACUGCCUUCGUGGAUGAUACCGUCCAUUUGGAUCAGAGGAAAAUUGGAAGGAAAUUUGAUAUUGAUUACGACUCCUCUACAGACUGGGAGAGUGCUGAUGGACAAGAUUAUAAUGUUGCUUUGCAAAUGGCAGAGGGAGAGCCUGGAAUCUCAGCAGGGAGACCAACAGCUGUCAAUGUUCAGAGCCUGAGACCAGGAGAUGACCCAUCGUCUGACCAAGCAUCACAUGACCUCGAGGGGAGCAACCUUUUGGAUUCUAGUCCCAGGAUGGUGAUUCGGGACCAAACCUUGCUAGACCUUCCUCGAGAGCCUGUAGAGGCCGGGUUGUUAGCUUCCUACACCGACACAGGACUUAGCUCCGAGUUGCUUAGCUUCAUGCCUUUUAGUCUUAAGCCGAGCAGCAUGUAUAUACUGGAAGUCAUAGCAAAAUCUCAAAGUAUUAUUUUAGGCCGGACUCAACUGUUCUUUAGAACGAAGCCCGUUCCUAAAGGAAUGACAUGCCAGGUGCAACCAAGAAAAGGACUGGAGUUGUACACACACUUUAGCAUCUUCUGCACUUCAGGGAGAGAGGACUUACUGUACGAGUACAGUUUUAGUGUCGGCAGCAAACCUUCCAGAAUGUUGUACCAGGGGAGAAACUUCGAGUACUACUUCAGCCUCCCGUCUGGACAUCCCUCUAAUGACUAUAAAGUGACUGUAUAUACAAAAAUCAAAAGCAGCAUGCAUGGAUCAUCUACCAACGUCUGCCCUGUAACUGUCCAAGUCUUGCCCAGCUUCCUCAGAAACGAUUCCUUCCAUAAUCCUGAUGUUGCGUUGUCCCAAUAUGGGCUAAACAACCUCUCUGCGCUGAUUAUGCUUGGGAACAAUGCAGAGAUUUGCAAUUAUGACUCAAUGGUAGACAACAUAAGCAUUCUCAAAGAUCUUCUAAAAUUUACAAAACAAGUAACAUUAGCAAGUGUCAGACAAGUGGCUGCUCAUGUGCAGGCCAUCUCAGAGCAGCUUCCUGAACUCAGUGCUCCAAAACAAAUGGACCAGAGGACGCUUAAGAUGCUGGUCACCGUGUUAUCAUAUUGCCUGAGGGCUGCUGUCCCCGCUCAUAGUGUUGCUGAUGAUACAAGCAAGGUGGCAUCAGAACAACAAGAUGGAGUAAACCCAGGAAAGGACAUUACACAGCUGCUUGUGGAAAAUAUUCUACAAACCGCCACUGACCUGAUUCUGACGCACACCUUGUUCAACAGAAUCCAAGAGCACAGGGUCAGUGGUGGCCUCAUUUCCCUAUUUAUUUCACAACAGAACUCAUCAGUGUCAGUUAUCAGCAGUGACUCAGCAAUAUUUUACAUGCCUGCACCCCUUAUUCAUUCUCUAAGAGGAGAGUGUAUUCUCAGUCUCAUUAAUGAACUCCAACACUCACCUUGGACCCGGGCCCGCGAUCCUGUCAGGAUAGGUGGACCAGUCGUUGAAUUGAGUCUGUAUAAAUGCAGCACAGGGAGAAAAAUCGCAGUACGGUCGCUUGUUCAGCCAAUCGUUGUGGAGAUGCAAACAAGGAAAAACAAUAAGGAUGCCACACAUGACCAUGUCCUACUACGAAACCGCAUCAACUAUCACAGCUUCAACAUUACCCAGGAGCAUUUACAGCAGGCCAUCCAGUUGAGCGUAGCAUUCACGCUGCCACUCAAACGGCCAUUUCCCAUCAUGCUGCUUUUCCGGAUGUUUGCAAAACCGACCCCUAGCAUGCACCACCUACGUAAAGUUCACCUUUGGGAGACCAAUACCACUCGCAUCACCUUUCCUCAGUACUACCUCAAUACUCCAGGGGUUGGCUACCUGGCUUUAUUAAACAGCAACUUUGGUAAACCACUCAGGCACCUGAGCAGCCAGAUCAAAUACACUUUAGCGCUGGACGCCAACCAGUGCUUGUCCUUUGACCGCUCAGUGGGGGCCUGGACUCAACUGAGCUGCAGUACACAACAAACAGAUAGAAGUGAUGCUGUUAACUGCAGUUGCCACCGUUUGAAGGCGCUAACCGUGGUGCAAAAUCAGAUUCUGACUUACUAUGAAGCAGAUGACCUGGACCCGUCACUUAGUGAGUCCAAUGAUUUGACUGUCUUGGUCGGCCUAUUGCUGUGUGCGUGUCUGUACAUCCCGGCAUGGGUGGCUUGCAAACAAGAAGACAUCAUCUCCCAGAGGAAUCAGCGAUUCCACUACUUGAAUGACAGCAGUCGACUGGAACCACAUCAUUAUGCUGUUACCAUCCACACUGGACUCUGCUCAGCGUACAGACUAAGUUCCAAAGUUUACAUAGCACUGUAUGGUGGCGAUGGCAAGUCACAGACUAGAGAACUGCACGUCCCAGGAUGCACUCUGUUCAGGAGGAACUCGCGAGAUACUUUUAUAAUCAGUGCGGCAGAUAGCCUUGGUCCAUUGUGGGGAGUCCACAUCUGGCAUGACAACUCAGGACUUUCGCCUCACUUGUACCUCAAACUCGUGGAAGUAUCUGAGCUUGGGCGAACUAACAUGGAGGAGCGAACGUGGCUCUUUGUGAGCCAGUGCUGGUUGUCUGUCAGCAAAGACGAUGGACAAGUGGAGAGAAUGCUUCGUGUUUGUACUCAUGGAAUUGGUCUGCAUCAGAUGUUACAACUCACUUUCUGCUCCUACAUGACUGACCUACACAUGUGGAUGUCUGUGUACAGCUGCCCCCGACCCCACUCAUUCACACAUAGGCAAAGACUUAGCGUUUGCCUCCUGCUAUUUGCGUUGUAUUCGUGUGUCAAUGCACUAAUCAUAUCCCAAAUGGAUGAAGUGCUGUAUUGUGAGGUGGGGAUGACUGCCUUAUCAUCCGUGUCUUUAACAACCGGAGCAUUAAGUGCAGCGGUGGCGUUGCCUGUGGCAACAUUGAUAACAUUACUCUUCCGAGUGCACAAAGUGAAGCUAACCGUGGAUGAGGGAGUAACACAGACUGAUCAGAACUUUUGUGAAGUGGAUGACACAGAGGCCUCCAAUCAGAAAUAUCAGGAUGUGGAGGAGCCGGUCGCAAGGGAUGUGUUUAACAAGGAAAGUGGAAUCCAGACAGAAGUUAUUCAGAAGCAGAAUGGUGAUCAAGAAGAAGCCAUUUCCAAGGAUGGAAGUGAGAGAGGCUGCUUUCGAAAUCGCAGGCAUCUUUGUGGUUUUAACAAGCUAAGCUGGAGUCAUGUGAGACCAAAUCGUCUGUGGUGUUACUACAUGGCCUGGGCAUUGUGCCUGUUCUUGUCCUUUGCUGCUCUACUGCUCUCUGCACUGUUGGGACUCAGGUUCAACAAUAAUAAGCUGCAACUUUGGCUACAUUCUCUCGUCAUUUCCUUGUUGUUAUGCAUCUUCCUCAUCCAGCCAAUUGUGAUCUUUGCAAUUGCUGUGACUGUCUCUAUUUGGUACAGAAAUAGAACAGACUUUCACCGUCCAUCUAAAAUAUUUUUUAAAGCAGAGGAGCAGAACAUUUCUGCCAUAUCUGAGAGAGGCUCAAACUAUGAAAAGCUUCUUGAACAAUGUCAGCGAGCAAGAUUUCUCAGGCUUGUGAGUCCACCAAGUGUUGAAGAGCUGAGGUUGACUCGAGCACAGACAAGACGUGAGGCUUUGAUUCGUAAAACCUUCAGGGAUUUGUGCUUCUUUGUUGCCAUGUUCCUCCUGAUGUUGUGCAUUUCCCGCGGCAGCUCAUUCAGCGACCACUACCGCCUGAAUAAUGCUGUCCGACAACAGUUUACUGGUACCGGACAGGAGCCUGCAUUCACGUCCAUACAGAAAUAUGAAGACUGGUGGAAGUGGACGCAGUGCAGUAUGCCUAAUUUACUGUAUAAGAAUACUUCUGCAGCAAUAAAGUCUGCUAUCUCCCAAUGGUCAUACGUCUUGAUUGGACAGCCGGUUGUGUGGACGACGAAGCUAUGCAGAAAUAGAUCAUCCGAAUGUCCACCGUUACAUGUCACUGGUGCACAACUGGGCUGUGACUUGGGAAAGAGCGCUGCAGUUCGACUCGGCAACACUAAGUCCGAAGCCAUGUACAAACUGAAGGCCUUGCAGCGUGACGGUUGCGUGGUUCUGAAGGUACAAUUCACCGUGUACAGCCCUGCACCGGAUUUGUUCACCACUGCAACCCUACUAGCUGAGCAGAGCCCCACUGGCACCCUGUUGACUUCAGCCAUAGUCCAAUCAGUGAAGGUUUACUAUGCACAUACUACUUGGGACUAUGUUUUCUCUGUUUGUCAGCUGCUGUUCCUUUGCUUGGCUCUGCUGCAUCUUUGGGUUCAAGUUGGCGCUGCAUGGCAUAAAGGCUUGAUUGGAUAUUGUUCAGCACCCUGCAACUGGCUGCAUGUAAUCCUUCACGUAGUGAUCUUCAUGAACUCCUAUCACGACAUUUACCGCUCAGUGGAGGCCAUGGAGAUUGUGGAGCUUCUGCAGAAAAACAAAGAACACUUGGAUGUCACCCUCCUGGCAGCAAGGGAACAACAUAUCCGCUCCCUUCAUGGUAUUCUGCUCCUUGUUCUCACUGUAAAGUGUGCGACCAUGCUGAAGGUGAACAAGAGGUCUAUGACCUUCUUGGCCCGCUCGCUGCCGAAUUUCAUGUCAGUUGUAAUCUUGCUGUUGGUUGUACGCUCCUUUCACACAUUGUUCUGUACCAGCUGGGACCACAAGGCCAUUGGCGGUCUCCUCCAUUAUGGACAUUCAUUCUUUGGCUUCCGAAGCCUCUGCCUAUGCUGUGCUGCUGUGAUGAUGGCUGUCAGGUCCUCAUCAGGCAGGAAAAGACUGCCAAGCAACAGGGAAGGUUGCACUUUGAUGGAAUUAUGCGACUACGUCAAACAGAUAGUUUGCAAUCUCACUGGAUACAAAGAACCAGCGAGGCCUCCUGCUGGUAGCAAGACUUACUACCUGGAAGCACUUGAAACUUCAGUGGAUGAGCUACUGCUCAGACUUAACAGGCUGCACAUCAUAUUGCCACCUGAGAAGUGCCAUUCGGUUCUAAGUUGUGCUCUGGAAAGGCAAACUAGCCCUACAACCAGGACAAGUGACACAUUUUUGUCGUGUAAAAAUAUUAAGUGUUGUACAACCGCUCGGACGACAGAUGCCAAUGUAAUGGUGGAAGUUCUGAUUCAUGAUGAGCCUUUGUAAACAUUCCUUAAUUUACAGCUCAUGACACAAUAUCCCUUUGUGACUAUGUAGGAAAAUAAAUUUGCAUUUCUGAAUGAAUAAAGGACAUUUUAAAGAACUCGAAGGCUCCCCUAAUUAUUCCCUUAU